CAAUACCACAUUCCAAUGAAAUUUAUACGUUACUUUAGGCGUUAGUACGCACGCGCAAAAAGAUUCUUCCAUUCUUGUGAUUUCUACGUUCAGGAAGAAAGUAACAAUGGCGGACGCUGCUCCAGCCACACGUGGUGGUUUUCGUGGGGGUUUCGGUUCUCGCGGUGCGGGAGGCGAUCGUGGAGGUCUGAGAGGCCGAGGACGUGGCAGAGGCAGAGGACGCGGUCGCGGACGCGGCAAAGAAGACAGCAAGGAAUGGGUUCCGGUUACCAAACUGGGUCGCUUGGUCAGAGAUGGCAAGAUCCUAUCCCUUGAGCAUAUUUAUCUCUUCUCUCUACCCAUCAAGGAGUUUGAGAUCAUCGAUAGGUUCCUUGGACCGGAUCUAAAGGACGAGGUUUUGAAGAUCAUGCCUGUGCAGAAGCAGACGAGAGCAGGUCAACGCACGCGUUUUAAGGCUUUUGUCGCCAUCGGAGAUAGCAAUGGCCACAUUGGACUGGGGGUGAAAUGCUCCAAGGAAGUAGCCACUGCUAUUCGCGGCGCCAUCAUUCUGGCGAAGCUCUCCGUUGUGCCUGUCCGUCGCGGUUACUGGGGUAACAAAAUCGGCAAGCCCCACACAGUACCGUGCAAGGUGACUGGUAAAUGCGGCUCCGUGCAGGUGCGCCUAAUCCCAGCGCCCAGGGGUACCGGCAUCGUGUCUGCUCCGGUUCCCAAGAAGCUGCUACAAAUGGCAGGAAUCGAGGAUUGCUACACCUCGGCCAGGGGCUCCACAUGUACGCUCGGCAACUUCGCCAAGGCCACAUAUGCUGCGAUCGCUAAGACGUACGCGUACCUGACGCCCGAUCUGUGGAAGGAGCAGGCCCUGGCCAAGGCACCGUACCAGGAGUUCGCCGAGUAUUUGUCUAAGACUCACAAAGGAGGUGCGAGAGCAACGGAAGUUGUCUAAAUAAACGCCCAAUGGAAGUUGUCUGAUAAAUAAAAUAUCUGGCUACCAAAAA